CAACAACACUUCGCCAUUUCAGAUUUGGGAGGGGAGGGGGUUACUGUAAAACUCCCGCGAAAGAAUUAGGUCAGCUGAGCCGAGGUUUCCUGCAUCUGGUCGUUUCUUCAUUGAAAAUAUCUAUUAACGCUGUCUAGUCUUCUCUCUGAGUUCCAAUGCGUUUAGUUUGGAUGGUACGAAUGAAUUUAUCCAGCGCUGUCCCGGGUUGAAUUCAGUCAAAGUCGGUAGUCGGAUUUCUCCGCUCACAGCUCCGGAGCUAGCUGAGUGUAAACAACAAGCAUGAAGAGGGUGAAAGGAGGAGAGGAGGGCAGCAUCAGCCCCUCCAGUGAGAGCCCACCAGAAGCCAGCAAGAAGGUGCGCAAACAGACGAGCGAGGAGUCUGAGGCUCAGGCCGUGCUCAGUGAGUCAACAGAAUGCGAUUGGGCCAGACUACCGCAGGAGCUGCUGCUUCACAUCCUCCAGUACCUCCCACUGUUGGACAGGGCUUAUGCGUCCCAGGUGUGCCGCGGCUGGAACCAGGCAUUCCACAUGCCUGAGUUGUGGCGGUGCUUUGAGUUUGAGCUUAACCAGCCAGCCAGCUCUUACCUGAAAGCCACACAUCCAGACCUCAUCAAGCAGAUCAUAAAAAGGCACUCCAACCACCUGCAGUAUGUCAGCUUCAAGGUUGACAGCAGUACAGAGUCUGCAGAGGCAGCAUGUGACAUUCUUUCACAGCUGGUGAACUGUUCUCUGAAGACCUUGGGGCUCAUCUCCACAGCCAGGCCCAGUUUCAUGGAGGUCCAGAAGUCUCAUUUCAUCUCAGCUCUGACUGUGGUGUUCGUCAACUCCAAAUCGCUGUCCUCUUUGAAGAUCGACGACACGCCAGUGGAUGAUCCGUCUUUGAAGGUCCUGGUGGCCAACAACAGCGACACCCUGAAACUGCUGAAGAUGAGCAGCUGCCCUCACGUCUCGCCUGCAGGGAUCCUUUGUGUGGCUGACCAGUGUCAUGGACUGAGAGAGCUGGCACUGAACUACCACCUCCUGAGCGAUGAGCUCCUUCUGGCCCUCUCCUCGGAGAAACACGUCCACCUGGAGCACUUGAGGAUCGACGUGGUGAGCGAGAACCCCGGCCAGCACUUCCACACCAUCAAAAAGAGCAGCUGGGACGCCAUGGUGAAGCACUCGCCCAAAUUCAACCUGGUCAUGUACUUCUUCCUCUACGAGGACGAGUUUGGGCCUUUCUUUAACGAGGAGAUCCCUGUCACUCACCUCUACUUCGGCCGCUCGGUCAGUAAGGAGGUCUUGGGCCGCGUUGGCCUCCACUGCUCUCGUCUGGUGGAGCUGGUGGUGUGCGCUAACGGCCUGCGCCCCCUGGACGAGGAGCUGAUCCGCAUCGCCAAGCACUGCACCCAGCUGUCCGCCAUCGGCCUGGGCGAGUGUGAGGUUUCCUGCAGCGCGUUUGUGGAGUUUGUAAAGAUGUGCGGUCGGAGGCUUUCUCAGCUGUCCAUCAUGGAGGAGGUGCUUAUUCCCGAUCACAAAUACACCCUGGAUGAGAUCCACUGGGAGGUUUCUAAGCAUCUGGGUCGGGUGUGGUUCCCCGACAUGAUGCCCACCUGGUAAAGCGAAGCCAAAGAGGCACACGUGAUUAGUGAUUUGUGGUGUGGAACAAUCGUGUUUGCGUUGAAAGUCUCUUUAACUCUCUCGCUGUAGUAGAAUGUUUGGUGGCAACUGCGAGAGCUUAAACUUGCUGAACUCCUGCGUGUGGAGUGCAGAGUGAGGAUGUAAGGUGGCGCCUGACUGCUACACAAUGUCAUGUCAUGCAAACACCACAAAAAUCUCUGCCUGUCAGCUUCAACGUGGACUGUGGAAUCCUACUUUGCUAAAUGAGGAGACAGAACGCGCCAAUGCCGGCUUCUCCAGCUAGUAAACAAUCAGCACACAGAGUAGUUCAGGGGGAAGAUACAACUAUAAAAGCAAUGUUUUAUAACUGCAAAUUUAGUUAUAUGGACACUAUAGCCUGGGUAUGAUUAUCUAUAAUAUGAGAGGUGUGUGUGAGUGUGUGUGUGUGUGAAAGUAUGAAGGUAAAUGUAUGUGUGCUAUAAUGUUUUUUAACAUUGGGGGGAAAUUUGGGAAGAUUAGGUGCACAAUUGCAUGUAGUUACACUACCACUUGGCCUACUUAAAUCCAGAUUGCAGCUCUGCAUUCUGACAAUAUAUGGCAUUGGAGGUUUCCACAUAGCUUUAUUCCUACAUAGUAUGCGACAGGCGGUGUUUGUCAGCUGUAGUCAAAAGGAGAUUCUUUAAAUGUGCAGAGUAGUGGCUGGGUCCUACGCCUAUCUGUAAACUAAUUUAAAAAGAAAAUGCAGCGGAUAGGCGUUUGACAGCAUCUUGUUUUUCCCUCCUAAAGCAGGCUCAAUCGUACAUUGAUAACAAGAAAAGAGUUGAAAAUGUUUGGAAGUCAGCCCAGAGAGGGAACCGAAGCGUGUAUAUAGGUGUCUUAUCUAUGUGAUGUGAAGGUGUACAGUGUUGAUUGAUAUCAUGGACUUUUAUUUUCUCUGUUUUUAUGUCCUGCAUUGCAAAUCACAUUGGCUCUACAAAUGAAUUAUCUCCGUUUUGUACAGUCAUAGAUUUUGUUGUAAGCACCUUACAUGGACACCAAAUGAUAGUCAGGAAAGAUAAAGUCCUUCUGCCAUGAUUGAAACUGGAAAAGGAAUCUUUAAAAUGCUCCGAAUUAUCUAUUUGAAUAGGUGUUAUUAACACUGUUCUGGGAUUCUGUUGAGUCAGAUACCCAUGACAGUAUGUAGAAGAAAUAUAGAUAAAUAAUUAAAGCAGAGACAUGAUCAUAGUGUAAAUAAAGAAUGCACAGAAUUGUCUGAAUUUGGAGGUGAUUUCCCUAGCCUUCAUAUACAGAUAACUAAUAUUUCUAUAAUGGAGUCUCUGCAGCUCACAAUGCACUCUGGGAAUGCAAAAGUAACCCUUAGUGUCUUUCAGGUGCAUCAAAUAUUUCCUUAAUAGGUUUCAUUUGUAUCUUCUGCUAUUUGACUGCUCAAGCUCUAAACCUCUUUAGUGAAUAUCUGCCCUCCUCCCAUUCGUCCUCAUUGACUCUGUAUCGUGUCACCACAUCGUACAUACAGCAGAGGAAGCAGUGUUCAUCUCUUCAUUACAAACUAACUCUUUACUUUACAGAUAUUAUUUUUUAGUUCUCCUGUCCAAGAAAACAUCCAUCCAUUUCAGUCAGAAGAGAUUUGGCAAAGUCAGAUGAGAGAAACCAUUUUUUUUCCUUUAAGAAGGAAGUCAAAUGCAUCUGUAUAUAAAACGCUGUGUGUUUGAUUAUUAUGAAUAGAAAUGUACUUAUUUCUUUAAUUUCGCCCUCUGUCAGGGUUUGAAGUUUCCUUAACCAACGACUCGUGUCUUUUAUAGAACCAGAGUGCGAGUUCUCCUUUACUAGGUGGAUCUUUUUCAUACAGUGGUCACUAGAGAAGAUAAGACUUAUAAUUUAUUGAUAUGGAUUCUGCUUUUGUAAUUUGUUUUUCCGUGUUUUGUCAGUUAAACAAAAGAAGUAAUCAAUAUAAGCACCAGCAAACAGACCAGCAACAAGCUUUAGUUUGGUUUGGUUUUGACACUUUAAACUUCAUUAUCAGGAUUUUGUUGCAUGCAGAUUGUCCAAAAGUUGAGUCCACAAAACCUUUAAUCAUGUGACACAAGAUACAAGUGAUGUAAACCCCCCCAAAAAAGAAUCUGUUAGAGCUUAAAUUGACAUUCCAGUAAGUGAUUCAGAUUUGCCAGAUUUUUUGUCAAUGCUUUGUGAAAAAGGGAUUAACUUUCCUGGAAGGAAAAAUUUAUUAAAAGACAAUUAAUGUGCUUAAAAUGGCAUGAAAGUAGUGCUGAUUUGCUUGGCUUUCCUUCAAGUCACCAGAUCUAAAUCGUACUGAAAAUCUUAAUUAGAGCCCGACCGAUUAAUCAGCCAGCCGAUAAUAUCGGCCCAUAUUAGCGUAUCCAGUGACUAUCGGUAUCGGCUAAUUUUAUCGCAUAUAUGUGCCGAUAUUACUGGAUUUACUCACCAGACAAAAAGCAUUUUCAUUUGACUACGUAAUUGUAUUAAACUUGCAGUUCUCGUUCACCAGCCGAGGGCGCUAUAUAGAUUAAAACAAGCAUUAUCACUCUCCAGAGUGUCGAGCAGUGAUGGAGGUACAUGCGCAGUGACUUUACAGUUGAGUGACCAUCUUGUCUUCUUUGUCCUGUAAAGCUUUCCACAAGUGUUCGAUAACUGCAUUUGAGGGAAUAACGCAAUAAAUAAUACUAGAUAUGUUUAUAUCUAUAUCUAUCUCUACAGGUUGAUAAUAGCGCCGAGAAAGAUAUCGGCCGAUAGAUCGGAUUUUUUCACUCCCCAACAUUUUGUAUCGGUCGGGCCGUUGUCUUAGGGUCAUCAUCAUUAAAUUAAAGUCAGAGGACAAUGACUUAGUCUGAAUUUUAUGACACAUUAUAAGUUAACAAGAGCCUCACAAGGGGGGGAACAUUUUGAGAAAAAGAGUUUACAGCAUGAAAGUUGUAAAUUCACAACAAAAAACAACAAAUUCUCUGGACUGGGGUGAUAUCCUCAUGAACUUGUACAACAUGUUAACUUUUAGCCACCAAAGAAUAUCCAAUAUAUAUUUUUUAAAUGAAUGCAUCAUAGUAUUUUCUACAUUGUUUUUUAAUUAAGCUUUUACAUAGAAGCUCUCAAAGAGGAUCAUGUCACAGUUAUCCCAAAAAAAGAAAUGGCCAUAAUAAGAGAGACUUUUGUUUAAGCUGCUGUGUCAACAAAGUCCAUUUACCAUGAAGCAAAAUAGCAAUAAAAUCUUCAACGCUUGAAAGUACUUCACUAACAGCAAAUAAAUGUAUUUAAGAAACAUAGACUUUAAGAAGAUGUUAAAUGUACUUCAUAAAAGUUGAAGGAAACUAAAAUGGACAAAAGCCUUUGACAACGUUGCAUGUCAGUAGGACCUGCAGACAACAGAUCUGAUUUCUGUGUGGCUUCAUUCACGUCUUAUUUGACAUUUCAAACAGUCGCACAAUAACGUAGACUAAAUUAGACACACUGAUUGGAAGUGCAAGCCUUUAUAUUGGAUUAAACUAACGUAGCCUAUUGAUAGGAUUGGUCUGUUUGCACUAAAAUACCUUUGUUGAUCGUCUGUGCUCAUGUACUUUAGCAUCUCAUUGGUACAGUAACAUAUCCUGAUACAGUUUUCAUAACUCAUGCAGUGCAUUCAAUGAUCGCCGUGACAGCAGCUCUGGAGUCAAGGUUGCGUUUCAAUACUCUUCCUGGUUUCAAUCAUUGUUCUGUCGGCUUCUCUUGGAAAACUUCACCACAGCUAUCUUAACCUCGGAGUCCUCAGUAACUUUUAUUAGGAUUAAACUGGUGUUGAUAUUGCUGUCAUUUAGUUUUACUUGUGUUUUGGUAAAUGCUCCGUCUUCUUUGCUUUACUGCUGUCAUGAAGUUAAAAUGAUUGGUUUGGAAAUGUGAUCUUAUACUGGUAAUAAACAUUUGUGAAUGUA